AUGCGAAAAGGCACCUGCUGUUGUUCUGUCGUGCUGUUGUCGAGUCCCGGACAGAAUAGUCCGACGACCAACCCCUUCUUCUUUUGUACCCCCUCUCUGUCUAUCUUAUCUUUACGAAUAUUUCUUUCUUUUUACUUCUUCUUUUUUUUUCAUUUCCUUUCUGUUAUUAUUUCAUUUAUAAUCCUUCUUUUUUAUAAAUUUCUUCUUCUUUCAUUCAUUCAUUCUUUUCUUCCGUUUUUGUUUAAUUAUUUUCUUUUGGGCCGUUCAUUUUUGUUCUCUUUUGAUUCUUUCUUUCUUUCUUUCGUUCUUUCUUUCGUUCUUUCUGUUUCCCCUUUCUUUCUUUCUUUCUUUCUUUCUGUUUCCCCUUUCUUUCUUUCUUUCUUUCUUUCUUUCUUUCUUUCUUUCUUUCUUUCUUUCUUUAUUUCUGUUUCCCCUUUCUUUCUUUCUUUCUUUCUUUCUUUCUUUCUUUCUUUCUUUCUUUCUUUCUUUCUUUCUUGA